AUGAUUUGGUCUCAAUUCCCUCCUGAAAUCAGACACACGAUCCUCGAAGCCCUUACAGAAGACAAAAACUGCAGAUUAUCCAACGCUGCUCUCGUGUCACGGGAGUGGCAGGCUGUUAUCGAGCCACACAUCUUUGCAUAUAUACGAGUGACGCCCAAGCGCAUUGCCCAACUCAACGCCAUGACGCAGCGCAACCGGGAUCAUGUGCGUUAUAUAUGGUUCUGUAUAGAGCUUGAGCAAUACGACUGCCGCAAGUGUGAUUCCAUUAGUUCUAUAGCAGUGCAGACAAGCCAUAGCGACAACAAGCUCAUCCUGGCAUCGUUCCAAUCGCUAUUCACAGCUUUGAACACGUGGGAGCCGAAUAGGAGCCUGACCCUCGACAUCAGCCUGUACUCGAAGAGCGAUAACGAGCACGCAUUCAAGUACCUGACCUUUAUGCCCGACACUGCGGGCCACCAGGUCGAGCCGAUGUCGAUGGCCGAAAGCGACGAGCCCGACAAGCACCAAUGGGAAACGACUGCAUUGGGGUCUAUUCCACCAAAAGCAAGUCUCGAUCGUCUCUUUGGACACGUUUGGCCUCUCAUCAAGGAUGAACGAAAGUGUUGGGCGCAGGCACCAAAGGUUCCGGCCGUGACACGCCUUGAAAUGAGGCUACAGACUUAUCGCCGCUGGGAUGCAUCUACAAUCUCCCAGAUUCUUUCCCACCUUCCUGGUCUACGUGAGUUCCACUAUGAGAUGUGGAUGCAGUGGAUUGCCGAGAUGCACGAGACCUGGCAACACUCGAUGCUUCAUCUUCUUGCGGCUACCGAAGGGCUGAGCAAAUUAACAAUCUUUGAAAACUCCAACCAACACUACCCGCUCUACUUUAUAGGAGAAGCCUCGCCAGCCCGUGCUCCCACUAUGCAACUCAGUCAGAAGCUGGCCCGAGUGAAUCUCGGCGUAGAAGUGCUCUCAGUGUCAUUCAUGGUAGAUGCUGCAGACCAUCUCACCCUUACUUCACAGCUUCUGGCACCCACAACAUGUCCUACGCAGAUGAUGGAUCUCCUUCAAGCAGCAGCAUCUGCAGCUCGUUACAUGCCCAAGCUCAAGAUGAUGGAGAUAUGUUAUGGACGAGAGGGGCUGGCAACCUUAUUCAAGUAUGAGUUUAUCCCUGGCCAUUUGCGGCAGUCUGUUGUUACUUGGCGAGCAACAUGGUGUAUGAGUAUACAGCCUCGAGUGAUCGAGGCGUGGGAGGGGGUUGUAAGCCGCCGUCGUGGAUGUCCUAGUGGCAUUGAUGUGGUAUAUGAGACGGUCAACGAGCACGUCACGUCAAUUGCUGAUGCAAUUGUCAGCUUGAAGCUAUCAGAGACAGUGCUCCGGCCGAUCUCUUUGCAGCAAAUCAGGAGAGAGCAGAGCUUUGUCGGCUCCUUGACAGCCUAG